AUGAAAGGAGGAGAGGUCUCAGCUGUCAUUGAUACACUCUCACGACGGAUCAGCGCUGCCGGGAAAACGCCAGAGCUAUACGACGAUACCAGAAGCCUUGCUGUAGUUUGCCGAACCGACAACGAAGGCAACUCACCAUGCUACAGCGCCAUUGUAUUCUUCUCCAGUUCAACCGAGGGAACCAACGAGUCGUCAGCCGGAUACUGGAACUACACAAUCCAAGGGUUGACCACGCCGUAUGGUCCCAUCGACAUUACGAGCACCAGCAACGCUAUCGAAGUAGCCACAUCCCCUUUGCAGCGCGCGCUCGAGCUCGAGAUUAUCGCACGGUCCCAACCAGACAACACACCGCAGAUCCCCCCCGAGCUAGAUGUCAUCGCGUUCACUCGUCAGGACCAGGGAGCGCUAGAGGCCGAUCGAACCGCAACAUACCUAAGUCUUGUGACAUGGGCCUUUCCACCCAUCUUUACUCUUACACUCAUUGGUGUGGUCGAUCAUCUGACAUCAUUUGUUGCUCGCGAACGCGAAAUUGGAAUGUCUAGUUUGAUUGACACCAUGAUAAUGGGAGGGUCCAAGUUCCGCGGCACAGCCGUUCGACAAAUCGCGGCUUACGCAUCGUUUGUGCUGGUCUACUUUCCCGGCUGGCUGGCAGUGGCCAUCGUCAUCUCCGCCGCCAUCUUGCCCGUCACUUCUAACUAUUUACCCGUUGGAUUUGUUCUACUUUACGGGCUCGCCGUGACUGGAUUUUCUCUCUUCGGGGCCUCUUUCUUCAAGAAAGCCCAGUUGAGUGGCCCCAUCAUGGUGGUCGUCACACUAGUCGCCGCCAUCCUCCCAGCGGUGCUUUUCAACCAAACGAGUACUGUUUGCGCCAUACUGAGCGUCUUGUUCCCUUCAGCAAACUUGACAUACUUCAUCACUCGCAUGGCAACAUUCGAAGCAGCCGGCAAACCGGUUAGCAUGAUGCAUCGAGCCAAUGAGGAAAGCGAGUCCGAACAUUGGCGAUUUCCGCUCUACAUCCACUGGCUCAUAUUGGUCUUACACGUCCUGGUGUUUCCGACCUUGGCUUUUCUAGUAGAGCAUCUUCUCUUCUCAACAGCAUCUCCGCACAGACGUUUCGAACGGCCAGCAAGCGCAGGCGAUCCAACCGUCAGGGUAUCUGGCUUUUGCAAAACAUACAAACCCGGCUUCUUUGCUCGAAUGUUUCGACGUCGUAAGAAUGUCAAUGCGGUCAAAGGUGUCGACUUCAACGCAUACCCUGGUCAGAUUUUCUGCUUGCUUGGACCUAAUGGAAGUGGCAAGUCGACGACCUUGAACUGCAUCACGGGUGAACAGAGGGUUACGUCUGGAAACAUCAUCAUCGACCCAACAGGCGGACUCGGAUACGCUCCACAGAACAAUGUCAUCUGGCCUGAAUUGACGGUCCAAGAGCAUAUCCGCAUCUUCAGCGAUCUGAAAUGUCUGUCAGCAGCGAACCACGAGGCCGUCAACGAUCUCGCUAAAGGUGUCGAUCUUCUUAAGAAGCUUUCAGCUAGAGCUAAGACGCUCUCUGGUGGCCAGAAGCGGAAACUCCAGAUGGCAAUGAUGUUCGCGGGUGGAAGUGCAGUCUGUUGUGUGGAUGAAGUCUCCACCGGCCUCGAUCCAAUUUCUCGGCGAAGAAUCUGGGAAAUCUUACUCACUGAGCGGCAACAACGCACGAUAAUUAUGACGACUCACUUCCUCGACGAAGUCGAUUACCUUGCUGAUGAUAUUGCCAUCAUGUACGAAGGUACUCUUCGAGCUGCAGGCACUUCGGCGUCCUUGAAACAUGGCUUUGGUGAUGGCUAUACUGUCAAACUGCCUUACAAGGCAGACGUCGAUAUCAGUAUCUCUGGGCAACUCCGAACGGAACAAUCGCGGCACAUGACGACGUACCAUGUCACGACAGCCGCUCAUGCUGCAGAGGCUGCGGCCGAGCUCGACAAUCACAACCUCGGUGGCUACCAGCUUUCCGGACCGACCAUGGAGGAACUAUUCAUCAAAAUCACCGGUGAUUCGAUCCAACCUCUGGAGGAGAAGACCGAAGAAGAUGAUGCUGUGAAAGUGAAGACUGAGAACAUCAUUGUCGACGCAACCGAAUUGGACUAUGAACUGUCCGAAGGGCAGCCCGUUUCUCUUCUCAAGCAGUGGUGGAUUCUGUUGCUCAAGAGAGUCAAGGUUCUCAAACGUCGAUGGCUACCUUACUUUGUCGCCGUUGCUUUCGCUCUUGUUGGUGCAGGUAUUGCGCCUCUACUGAUCAAGAAGUUCGAUGCUCCGCUGGGAUGCCCAGUACAAGCAGAUCUCGUUGACGAUAACGCAUAUCGGAACGAUAUUGGUGUUUUCUAUACCGAGAGUAAUGCCUAUUAUUCUGGAACGGACGAACUUCGAAAGUCGUACGUUGCUGGGCCUUCCGAUCGACUCAACUCAACAAGGUUUAGUUUGAUGGCAGACGUCUACUCUACCAACCACACUUUGAGUUACUCUGACACCUAUCAAUCCGGGUACACGAAUUCUUCACAGCUUGAGAACCAGCUAUUGAUCGUCGAUACGUACGAAGAAUUCGCGCGAGCAGUUCAGACCGACUGGAAAGAACUAGUUGCCCAUCCCAGAUACAUCUCUGAUGGUGGUUUUCCCACCACAGAACUCAGAGGCGGGAUCUGGAUGGGUGAUAGCUCAACCAACCCCACUAUCAUGGGCGACAUCAGCGGAGGCGCCGCCAUGCAACAAAUGCUGAACUUCUACAAUGUCAUGGCUGGUGGUGUUGGCAUCUCGAGUUCUUACAACGAGUUCGCCAGUACUGUCAUCCCGAGUCUCAUGGCUUCCGAUGCUACGAUGUUCAUCAUUUAUUAUGGACUGAUCAUGGCCUGCUAUCCAGUGUUUUUCGUCUUAUACCCGACGGAUGAGCGCCUGUCAAACGUCCGCUCGAUGCAAUACUCCAACGGGAUCCGUCCAGUGCCACUUUGGCUUUCCCAUCUGGCCUUCGAUGGUACCUUCGUCGUCAUAAUCAGUGCUGUUGCUACAGGUCUUCUUUCCAUGUCGACCCCCGUCUGGCAUGGACUCGGUCUGGUCUUCGUCAUCUUCCUUCUGUAUGGAAUUGCGUGCGCGCUACUCAGCUAUGUCUUCUCCAUGUUUACAAAGAAAUCAGUCACGGCUUGGUUCUUGAUGGCCUUGAUGCAGGUCAUUGUCUAUUUUGCCCACUUCGCUGGCGUGAUGGAGAUCCAGGCCACCACACCAUACGCAAACCUGGAAUCCACGAUGAGCGCCCUGUACUUUGGUCUCGCCAUCAUAUCGCCAGUAGUCAGCUUGGAAAGGACGCUAUUUAUCGGUCUUCAGCAGCUUGGGUUGAAGUGCAACGGCCACAGCGACGGAUCGCUCUAUCUGUACGGCGGGCCCAUCUUGUUUUUGGUUGUGCAAAUUGCUCUCUUGUUUGUGCUUCUCAUUUGGUGGGAUAGUGGCUUCGUUCUGCCUUCAUUGCACCGCAAAAGUCUGGUCAGCGAUAAAGAGGCGACAGACAUGUACACGGCUGAUCUACUUACCGAACGUAGACGGCUGGCAUCACCUGACAUUGACCUCCGGGUUGAAUCUGUGACUAGGUCCUUUGGCAAGAACCUUGCAGUGGACGAUGUCACGUUCGGCGUCAAGACAUCGGAGAUCUUUGCUCUACUUGGACCCAACGGUGCUGGCAAAUCAACCAUCAUCUCGAUGAUUCGUGGCGACAUCAAACCCUCAACACCAGGAUCCGUAAUUGACAUCGCCGGUAACCCAAUCCUGAGUAGUCCCCUUGCAGCACGCUCCAGUCUUGGUGUGUGCCCGCAGUUUGACUCUGCUGACGUCCUCACGGUCCGUGAGACGCUGCGCUUCUUUGCCAAAAUAAGAGGAGUCAGGGACGUGGAACAUAACGUGUCGACCGUGAUAGCAGCCUGCGGUCUCAGCGACUGGACUGAACAGUUGGCGCAGAAGCUCUCCGGUGGCACCAAGCGCAAACUGUCUCUGGCUGUCGCACUAGUCGGAAACCCGCAUGUCUUGGUCCUCGACGAGCCUUCUUCGGCGCUCGACGCGAAUGCGAAGCGCGUCAUGUGGCGCUGCCUGCAAACCAUUGCAAAGCGACGUGCCGUUGUACUCACGACGCACUCGAUGGAGGAGGCCGACGCCCUGGCCGACCGCAUUGGCAUCGUCUCGUCGCGCAUGCUCGCUCUUGAUGACCGCGAAGACCUGAAGCAGCGUGCAGGCAGCGAAUAUCACAUUCAUCUCGUGUCGCGCUCAGCACCUUGCACCACACCGCGUGAACUGCAGAAGAUGAAGGAAUGGAUUGCUGUCACCUUUCCCUUGGCGAACGUCAGCCGCGAGACGCAGGGCGGUCAGAUCAGAUUUGAGAUUCCGGCCGAGGGUAAUGAGUUCGCGGGCUUGAUCAGGACAUUGGAGGCCGCGAAGGACGACCUGAAUGUGGAGUUUUACAGCUUGGGCAAGGCAACUCUAGACGAGGUGUUUGAGAAAAUUGUCAAGCGAUACGGAGAUGUAGCAGAGACGUAG